UUGUUUAUCGCCAAAACGGAAGUCAAGGGGAUUGUCCUCUCGCUUAGCCAUGUUCAUCUUUGUGUGUGUGAAGCCGACCGGCUUUUGGAGGACAGACAGGUAGGUCAGACAGACUCAACCACAACAUGUCAGGGUUUAGAUACCACAUGUCACUGCCUGUGUCGGUGGGUGUCCUGUUGGUCGGCCUCCCGUACUCCAUCUCUCUCGCUGCCCAGUGGCUUUACGGCUGGCCCAACAAGCCUGGAUAUAAGAAGUACAUCGAAGCUCUGAAACCAAGGCGAAUUUACUGUUUGACCAGAGCUAUACUGGAAACUCUGAAAUACCUGCAGUAUGGGAGGCUCUACUUUCAGUGGAAGUCGUGGUACAAGAAUGCCGAAAACCGUAAGCAUUAUGAAAAGGGCAUCACAUUUGGCCGCCGAAGCAACAAGCUGGACUUGUACCACUCUCCAGAUGUGGGCAGGUCUAAAGAUGUGCCUGCACCGCUGGUGGUUUUCAUCUACGGAGGUGCAUGGGGCUCCGGAGACAGAUCAAUUUACUGUUUGCUGGCGAGGCAGAUGGCUGAAGAACUGAGCGCAACUGUUGUUUGUCCUGAUUACUUUACCUAUCCAAAGGGGAACGUGUUAGGGAUGGUCCAGGAUAUUGCUGACUGCUUGGUUUGGGCUCAAGAGAGUGGGCACAAGUUCAACUUUGACAAAGACAACAUAGUACUAAUUGGCCACUCAGCGGGUGCACAUUUGUGUGCACUGACCACACUGUUUCUCAUUGAUGCAAGAGAGGAGCUUUUCAUAGAGGCCAGCAAGCAGAGGGACAUCACACUGGCCAUCAGAGGAGUCAUUGGUCUGAGCGGCGUGUACAACAUCAUGGACCAUUAUGAGCACGAGCAGAAGCGAGCGGUCGAAUAUGUCUCCACCAUGCACAAAGCCAUGAACGGGGUGGAGAACUUCCCGUACUACUCACCAACACACAUGCUGAACAAGAUGAGCCAGGACACACUCAAUAAAGUGCCUCCAUUCGCUCUGCUCCAUGGCACUGAUGACAUUAUCGUUCCUGUGGAGUCUUCCACAAAGUUCUAUGACCUCCUCACGUCGCUGUCCAUCAAGGUGUCACUCUACCUGCUGCCCAGGGUCGACCACACUGAGGUUGUCACCGACCUCAUGGCGCCAGAGCGGCGCUUCUACCACCCCAUCUACAGCUGCAUCAAACAGGAGUACAGGAAACUGUUGGGGACCUGCUGACGUCCCGUCAGAUCAUCAGAAACACAUCCAUUUAUCGCUAAUACUUUGCUGAUCGUGCCAUACACACACUUUGUUUACACUCUCUAAUACCUCAGAAUGAAGCCUUGAUUUUAACUUUGUGAUUCCAUAAUUAUGAUUUAUACUUUGAACAGAUUGUAAUCGAGUGAAUCCAGGAGUUGCAUCUGAUUGAUUUUCUAUCUGCAUUCCUUAAAAAAAACAUUUCUCAGUGGACUCUCAUCUGGGUAAAAUUGUUCUAAUAAUAACUCUGAUAUAUUAUCCAGUUUGCAGUGAAGUCAAAUAUGAAGUGAAAUCAAUCAUGGAGCAAAAACAGUAUUAUGAAAAACAAGUAAAGCACAACCAUCCAUCGUAUCAAAAUGGGCCUCGUUACAAUCUGUACCUCUGUUUUGAGACCAACUUUGUCCUGAAGACAUCACAGCGUUUUGAUUCAUUAAUCUGCAUGCUUGCAUUAAAUUAAACUCGAUUUAUUGUAAUAUGUUUUCUUGAUUAACUACUGAUCAUACGCAUUAAACCCAUCUGAAGGAACUUUUA